UAGGGAAAGAUGCGACACACUAUUCAUUGAGCCAUUCCCGCCCUGGUUGUCCGCUUCGGAGGCCUCUCCUCACUGUUGGAUUAUUAAUCAGACGGUGGACGCGAAAGAGAAACCCUCUCCCGACUUCCCGAGCCUCGCUAAUCCGCCCGCCGCUCUCUCCUCUCCUGCUCUGUUCAGCUCGGCUCGGCUCUGCUCUGCUCUGGGCUCCGGCCGCUUUCUUCUUCGUUGCCACCGCCGCUGCCGCUCCGAUCGGUGCUCUUCCCACGCCACAGCCCCCUCCGCCUCCAGAUUACGAUGGGUUCUGUUGGCACUGGAUUGCUGAAGGGCUUGAGGAGAGUCUUAGAGAAGCAAAGGAAACCAGUUGAUUUAUGCAGAACAUCACGAGCUUGGAGUUCUACAGUUUCUUUCUCCGAUAUUGAUGAGAAGGAUGACAUGGGUGAUGAUAGCGAUUUGAAAGAUUCAAGGAGAGAGUUAGAACCCCAAAGCGUGGACCCCAAGAAGGGCUGGGGAUUCCGUGGCGUUCAUAGGGCUAUAAUAUGUGGUAAAGUUGGACAAGCACCCGUGCAGAAAAUUUUACGUAAUGGGCGGACGAUUACUAUAUUUACUAUUGGAACUGGUGGCAUGUUUGACCAGCGGGUAAUUGGGUCUGCGGAUACACCAAAGCCGGCUCAGUGGCAUCGAAUAGCUGUUCAUAGCGAGCAUCUAGGUGCUUAUGCUGUUCAGAAGUUGGUGAAAAACUCUGCGGUAUAUAUCGAGGGUGAAAUCGAAACCAGGGUCUACAAUGACGGCAUUGAUGGUCAAGUCAGGAAUAUACCGGAGAUCUGUAUUAGGGGUGAUGGUAAGAUUCGACUGGUUAAAUCUGGGGAGAGUGCUGCUAGCAUAUCACUAGAUGAGCUGAGAGACGGAUUGUUCUAGUUACAGCUAUCAAUGUCAGCAUAAGCAGGUCGUAACUCAUAACUAGCGGCGAGUCAAUUUGGGAAUAAGGCGGCUGCUUUGUUGAAGCCGUGGAUGCUGAGAAAGAUGGAUAUCGUCACAUCUUCAACAUCGGCAGAAGUGGUUCGACUUACCGGUGGAUGCGCGUAAACCUGGGCUCGUGUGUUUUACCAUGCUGCGGGUGGUGAUCGAUGAACAGUUUUACCACGGUUGAUGGAUGAUAUGAUGUGUAGUACUGAAUGAUUGUUCAAGAUAGACAUGGUGGAACUGGAACGGCGUGGCAGAAGGUCCUGAGAGUCGUGCACUA